GGAGUUGCACUUUGUCCCAUCAACUGUCCAGUGGCAGUCAUUGACACACCACGCCAUGGCUGAGCCAAUGCAGCUGGUGCGGGUUGUGCAGCCUUCGGGCGAGCUGGCUUGGGAGGGCGAGGUGUCCAAAAAGAGCACCAUCAAAGAGCUGAUUCGUACCAUCAGCAAGGCUGGAUUUGGACCUCCCCACCUUUUGGCAUUGCUUCUGGGGAGCGACAUUAUGCAGUUCAAGACAAUGACAAGCUUAGAAGAGCUUCAGCUCAAAGAGGAGGAUUGCUUCCAGUUGGUGAGACGCGCUCGGAGUGAGUUUUCAAACUUCGAGACCAACACUGCUUCGGAAGAAGGACCAGAGAAACUACCAGACUUCCUUGUGAAGUGUGUGAUCAUGGGUCCUUCCGGCGUGGGCAAGAGCGCACUCGUGGCGCAGUACUGUGACCAGAACUACGUUCCAAGCUAUUUGCCAACUAUUGGCGUGGACUUUCGAGUUGGACAGGUGAAAACGAAUGAGUUCAAGCUCAAACUCCAACUCUGGGACACAGCAGGGCAAGAGCGCUUUCGUACAAUCACUUUGAGCUACCUCAGAGGCACCAGCAGCAUCAUCGCAGUUUUCAGUUUAGAGCAAAGGGCCUCAUUGCACGAUGCAGUGAAGAUGGUCAACUCGGCCACAAGUCACUUUGUUAGCGCAGACGCGUUGGUUUGCCUGAUUGGCACACAUUCAGAUUCCGAGAGUCGCGAGGUCAGUGAAGAGGAGGUGCUCAAAGAAGCUGAGUCCUUGCAGUGUUCCUAUCAUGCCGUCUCCAAUCUCACCGGCGAGGGUGUGCAGGAGGCCUUCCACAGUUUGUUGGAUCAAUACUUGGACAAGAUCAACAGCCGGACUUCCGAUGACGCCGUGGAGAUUUGCAAGACCUGAGGUUUGAUCAGUUUGAUCAUUAUGUUUUGCUUGGAUAGUGGGGCAUAUGAUGGAAACAGCGAACUGAUCAAGCCCGUGCACUGAGCAUGCAGGCACAGUGCAGGAGUGUUUAGUUUUCCUUAAUACUUUUGACAUCCUAUGGCUUUAGCCAUGUGUGUAAAGGGCGGGUGAAC